CGAGGUCAGGCCCUAGCGGCAGACAGAGGCCAAGGAGCGACCGCCGUCACCUCUCGCAGCUGCGCGGAGGCCAGGUACCCGGAAGGGGGCGUGGCCCCGGCGCCGAGGUUCCAGCGUGCAGAUGGCGGAAAUGGAUCUGGUCGCUGAGUUGCCGCGUCCCGCAGGUGCAGAGCGCUGGGCCGAGGUUAUGGCUCGCUUUGCAGCCAGGCUAGGCGCGCAGGGCCGGAGGGUGGUGCUUGUCACGUCAGGAGGCACCAAGGUCCCCCUGGAAGCUCGAGCCGUGCGCUUUCUGGACAACUUCAGCAGCGGGCGGCGCGGGGCAGCGUCGGCGGAGGUCUUCCUGGCUGCGGGCUACGGGGUCCUGUUCUUGUACCGGGCGCGCUCCGCCUUCCCCUAUGCCCACCGCUUCCCGCCCCAGGCCUGGCUGUCAGCCCUGCGGCCUUCUGGCCCAGCCCAGGCUGGCAAGCUGAGUCUGGAGGCCGAAGAGAAUGCACUCCCCGGCUUUGCUGCAGCAUUGCAGAGCUACCAAGAGGCGGCUGCUGCCGGCACCUUCCUAGCCGUUGAGUUCACCACUUUGGCGGACUACCUACAUCUGCUGCAGGCUGCCGCCCUGGCUCUCAACCCACUAGGCUCCUCCGCGAUGUUUUACCUGGCCGCGGCAGUGUCAGAUUUCUAUAUUCCUGUCUCCGAAAUGCCUGAACACAAGAUCCGCUCAUCUGGUGGCCCACUGCAGAUAACAAUGAAGAUGGUGCCAAAAAUGCUUUCUCCUCUGGUUAAAGAUUGGGCUCCCAAAGCGUUUAUAGUUUCCUUUAAGCUGGAGACUGACCCGGACGUCAUAAUUAACCGAGCUCGGAAUGCUUUGGAGGUUUAUCAGCAUCAAGUGGUGGUGGCCAACAUCCUCGAGUCAAUACAGUCCUUUGUGAUCAUUGUAACCAGAGACUCCGAAACCAGGUUACUGCUGUCACAGGAUGAGGUAGCAAAAGGCAUGGUGAUCGAGGAAAAGAUCAUAGAAGACCUUCGGUCCCGACACACAGCUUUUAUAUGUGACACCGAAGGAAGUGCUGCUCUAGGGUGGAAAAGCCAGGGUUCUUAGAGCUGACAGAAACUACAAUUAAUCCUUUGCUAAGGAUAAAGACAAUGAGGAAAUGGUAAAAAA